AUGACAUUAGGAUCAUGUCUUUUUGGGUUUCUUAAUAUAAAUUCACCUCUAUUCUUCCUUGGCUACAUUGCAUAGACAACAUUGUUGUCAUUUGAGAAGGAAAAAUGGUCAAAAUACUAUCUUUAUCAGUGAUAAUCGCACUUGCCAUAUGCCACGGUUAUGCGCAAGCAGUGACACCAUCGCCACCGACAGGGGCCGCGACGCCGGCGGCUCCGCCGCCUUCCGCCCAGGAGUUUUUAGAUGCGCACAACCAAGCAAGGGCGGAAGUGGGCGUCGCCGCUCUGAACUGGAGCCCGAUGCUCGCCACCGCCGCAAGUCUACAGGUCCGUUACCAGCGGGACAAGAAGAACUGCAGCUUCGCCGACAUAAGCGGAGGAAAAUACGGCGGCAACCAGCUGUGGGCGGGCGGAAUGGCGGUGCCGCCGCGCAUGGCGGUGGAGCAUUGGGUGGAGGAGAAGAGCUUCUACGACUACGCUAACAAUUCCUGCGUUUCCGACCACAAGUGUGGCGUUUAUACCCAGGUUGUUUGGAAGAAAUCGCUGGAAUUGGGUUGUGCUCAGGCGACUUGUGCUAAAGGCCAGGUUACCUUAACCUUAUGCUUCUACAAUCCUCCCGGAAACAUCAUCGGAGAGAGACCGUACUAAUGCGUAUCUUGGUCUUGUUAACCCGGUCAAGAUUCAAGGUGUUCUUCGUAUCCAGAGAAAUAAGAUUUAGGAUUAUUGGUCAAAUAAUGGUACUAGGUUGUACUAAUGCUCGGAUGUUGUCGGAUUAAGUUUUCCUUGUGAAGAAUUUGUGCAUUUUCUUUAAUAUUCUUUAAUUCAAGCAAAGUUUGUCAUAGUGUUAAUUUAAUAAUUACAAGGUUUCAGACUGUCAUUAGAAGUCACA